AUGAUAGCUCGCGUCUACUUCAGCGACAUGCCUAGUCAAUCGUCUAUCGCUCGUCUUGUCUCCCCAAGCAUGGAUACAAAAUCCCCUCUUUCUCUGCUUUCCCUCCCUAUCCACGUCCGCAAGAGGAUCUACUUCUUCGCAGGCUUGACCAGAGAGUGUCCAAUCGUUAUCAUUCCUCCCUCUAAAGCCGUAUCUCGCUCUACCCUCUACCGUGACCUCGCUGAGACGCAUCUGGAUGAUGGACUGGUCUGCAAUUUUGCAUCUCGCAACAGAGGGCGGGGUUUAGGGUUACACAUGCCACAUGAAACCCGCGAGUGCGAAUGCCCAGAAGUCCCAAAGAACCUUCUUCGCAUCAACAAAGCGCUCCAUGCAGAAAUCCAAGAUAUUCUCUAUGGCGAAAAUCAAUUCGUGGUGCGCCCACGUCGGCCAGAGGAUCUCGAACCGCUCUACAAGCUUUCGGAUGAUGCACUGCGUGCGUUGAGCCAUCUGUUGAUCCGAUUGAACAGCUGGCCAUGCUAUCGCGGGCACAGCUCUGAUCUUCUCCACAAAUUGAACUCGAAUACUAAAUGCCCGACAUGUGAGGCACCGGUGUCUAAUAAGACUGAUGGUGUGAUUGUCGUCAGGGAGGGAUCUAAACCGGUCGAGAAGUGGACAAACUUUUGCCAGCGUCUUGCGUCCUGUCUUGUGCCUGGACGUCUGAACUUGGAAUUCAUUUGCGACGUCGGAGAGUUUGCCACAGCUGAGAAAUUUAUGCAGCCGCUUCAGGCCCUUCCACAGCUCAAGAGCUGCGCUAUCAGACUUGGCAGACAUCGAGACGCUCGUCUCCGCUCUCUCGCCCGUUCUACUGCGGCUAGCUUGACUGUUGGUCAGCCAGAAGGCGAAGACUCUUCAUUUCCCUUUUUUUCAUUGCCACACGAGGUUCGUCUCCAUGUUCUCAGCUACACGAACCUCGGGCCUCAAGGUCCCUUCAAACCAGAAUGGAGUGACAUCACCAUCAAACGUGGGAAAUUCAAUCAAAGCUAUGCCAAGGACGAUAGGUCUCUCAACUACCGAAGAGCUUGCUGCCUCGACUGCUCAUUCACCAAACUGGACUGCAUUUGCCCUUUGAACUAUUCGGCUGUCUCUCCCAAUUGCACAUGCAGAGACCUGCCUCUUGGUCUCUUACGUGUUAAUCAGCAAAUGAACGCGGAAGCAGCGCAAUUUUUCUUUACGGCAAACAUGUUUACAUUUGAAGGCCCCUUCGCUGAUACGCUCAAAAUGCUCCGUUCCCUGAAUCCUGCCUCUUUGAAACUCUUCAGGCGAAUCAGGUUUCGUUUCGAGGCAGGUCAGAUUUUCAAAUGGAAGAGCAAUAAGGAGAGCUGGACCGAUCUCAUCUCCUUUGUCGGACAGAAUUUUGAUACACCUCGUCUCUUCGUUGUAUUUGAUACAACUGUUGACCGUCAAUCGUGUCGUGAUCGCCACUAUGAUCAAACGAUCAUGAACACGGUACAUGAAGGCUAUGCUUUCUUCAUAGAUGAGAUGAAAUCUCACAUUACUAGCUUGUUGGACUUCCAUGUGACCCUCGGAGUCUUCCAAUAUCUGGAGAGGAUCUUUGAGAAGCACAUCCUGGGUCAAGAGUACGACAGCCGUAACGGGAAUCAUUAUUCGAAGCAAGUGCGUAUUUAUGACGCAGAUACUGAUGAUUCAGAUGACGACGAGGAGCCACUGGUUGGAGUUAGAUUUUGA